AUGGUUUCCACUCGUCGCAAGAAGGCUGCAAUUUCUGCUGAGUUUAUCGAAGACUCAGAUGAGUCCGACGGGAAUGAGACUUAUCAGGAGGAAGAUUCAUCGGAUGAGUGUGGUGGAGAGGAUGAUGAUGAUGAGGAGGAGGAGGAGGAGAAGGCAGAAAUGAGUGAGCUGGAGAUUGUAGAGGUGCCAACAACCCCACGUAAAUGUGGGAGACCUCGCAAGGCCCCUGCCGCUAUGCCUACCCCCGCAAAGUUUGUUAUUUGCAUCUAUAUUAUCAAAAAUCUAACUGUUGUGCACAGAGGGAAAAAGCGACCCAUUGACGAGGUCGCGGCUUCUGAUUCGGAUGGACCUUUCAAUGCAAGUCCCAUUCACGACAGUCCAAAGAAGCCCCGUGUAGCUCCCUCUGCGACUAAGAAGCCUCCCACCAUGCCAUUGAAAGCAACCCCAGCGAAGGCGGCAACUAAGGCAGCUUCUCCCACUAAGCUCAAGACCACUCCAGCGGUGAAUAACAAGUCAACCUCUCCCAGCAAGGCGGCUUCAGCUAAGAAGAGUAAAGUCGCUGCCAUCAACGAAGAUGAUGAUGAACUAGAACAGGAAUCCAUGGACAGCGACGAUCCAAGGUAUUUUUCAAUACUUAUCACUCCCCCACCUAUUCCUACUGGACUCCGGGACUCCAGUAGGAUUCCUACUGGAUUCCUACCGGAUUUUGACAAAAUUUCCAAAAAGGCAUUUUCACAUAUUUCUCCAUUCCCCCUCCUACUGGACUCCUACUGGACUCCAACUGAACUUAAACAAAUUAGAUGA